GCGCGAGGGUUGGAUGUAUCAAGACAAGUAGAUGUGUUUCUUACCUGAAGAAAACAACCGUACAAGAAACACCAGAGAGACCAAUAAACAAACAAGUCCUUCACAUAUUUUCGUCUUACGUAGCUUUGGUGGAACAUUAACGAUAAAAACAAUUUAACGGAAUUUUUCUAAGCUGUUUCCCCCUCUGCCAUAGGGGGGAGCAGUCAUAUGAUAGCUUGAGGGCGGCGGCAUUUCGCACCACCUUACUGUAGCUCACUGCCUGACACAAGUCCUGGGACCUCUUGAACUCUGUAUCGUCUUCUCUACUAUUUUUGCGUGCAAACUCGCCACAGAACUAUACGAAUUUGGACUGGGGCAUUGCAGUACAGUCCCUCUAAACAGCAUAGCACCAGUCCUGAUUAUAAAUUUCUCACUUCAGAAGCAACGGAUUCUCUUCACUGACUAGUUUUUAUUCUCCAUAUAAUGGGGAAAAGUGGACAGUCGGUGAGAUUUGGAACCGGAAUCAGAAGACUCUCCCUACGAAUGUCCACAUCACCUGGACUCAUUCUGCUGCUUGUGAUCAACAUUGUAACGGCACAAGUGGACGAUGACUUCCUGGGGCUGGGUGAGCUACCAGAGACCUUCCCCUCGGACCCGCCGGAGCCCCUGCCUCACUUCCUCAUGGAGCCCGAGGAGGCCUACAUCGUCAAGAACAAGCCGGUGAACCUCUACUGCAAGGCCACCCCCGCCACACAGAUCUACUUCAAGUGCAACAGCGAGUGGGUCCACCAGAAGGACCACACCGUGGAGGAACGGGUGGAUGAGACAUCAGGUCUGGUGGUGCGUGAGGCCAGCAUUGAGAUCUCUCGGCAGCAGGUGGAGGAGCUGUUUGGCCCGGAGGAUUACUGGUGCCAGUGCGUGGCCUGGAGCUCAGCGGGUACCACCAAGAGCCGCAAAGCCCACGUCCGCAUCGCAUAUCUCAAGAAGUCGUUUGACCAGGAGCCAUUAGGAAAGGAAGUCUCUCUCGAGCAGGAAGUGCUCCUACAGUGCCGUCCACCUGAGGGGAUACCUGCAGCGGAGGUUGAGUGGUUGAAAAAUGAGGAGAUCAUUGAUCCGGCGGAUGACCGUAACUUCUACAUCACCAUCGACCACAACCUGAUCAUCAAGCAGGCUCGCCUGUCCGACACGGCCAACUACACCUGCGUGGCCAAGAACAUCGUGGCCAAGAGGAGAAGCACCACCGCCACUGUCAUCGUCUACGUGAACGGAGGAUGGUCGACUUGGACCGAGUGGUCGGUGUGUAACAGCCGCUGUGGGCGGGGCUUCCAGAAGCGGACGCGGAGCUGCACCAAUCCGGCGCCACUGAAUGGCGGAGCUCCGUGUGAUGGAGCGGCUAUACAGAAGCUGCCCUGCACGUCUCUCUGCACAGUGGACGGGGAGUGGACAGAGUGGAGCAAGUGGUCGACGUGCGGCACCGAGUGCACCCACUGGCGCCGGCGCGAGUGCAACAACCCAGCGCCCAAGAACGGGGGCAAGGACUGCGAGGGCAUGGUCCUGCAGUCGCAGAACUGCACAGAUGGGCUUUGCAUGCAGACCGCACCCAGCACAGACGACGUGGCCCUCUAUGUGGGCAUUGUCAUCGCCGUCAUCAUGUGCCUGGUCAUCUCUGGCCCUCGCCGUCUACCCAUAGCCCUCUUCCGGACAUCAAGAAGACCCUUAAUGACUUCGAGUUAGGACAUCAUAGACUCCUCAGCCCUUAAUGGGGGCUUCCAGUCGGUCAACAUCAAGACUGCACGUUCGGCCGACCUGCUGACCGCUCCGCCGGACCUGACCAACGCAGCUGCCAUGUACCGUGGCCCCGUCUACGCCCUGCACGACGUCUCCGACAAGAUCCCCAUGACCAAUUCGCCGCUGCUCGACCCGCUGCCCAACCUGAAGAUCAAGGUGUAUAACUCGUCCACGCUGGUGACGCCGCAGGACGAGCUGGCCGACUACGCCUCCAAGCUCUCGCCCAAGGUCACGCACUCGCUGCUGGACAACAGCGAGACGACGGCAGCGGCCAGCCUGCGCACUCAAACACUGGCACGCACGCGCGACCCCUCCUGCACCGCCGUGGGCUCCUUCAACUCCCUGGGGGGACACCUGAUCGUCCCCAACUCAGGUGUGAGCUUGUUGGUCCCAGCGGGAGCUGUUCCUCAGGGUCGCGUCUAUGAGAUGUAUGUCACCGUCCAGAGGAAAGACAGCAUGAGGCCCCCCGUGGAGGACGUGCAGACGGUCCUGAGCCCCGUGGUGAGCUGCGGGCCCCCGGGGGCCCUGCUGACGCGGCCCGUCAUCCUCACCAUGCACCAUUGCGCCGCGGCCAACAGCGAGGACUGGCACAUCCAGCUCAGCAGCCAGAUGCAGCAGGGCCAGUGGGAGGAGGUGGUGGUGGUGGGGGAGGAGAACUUCGCCACCCCUUGCUACAUCCAGAUGGACGAGGAGGCGUGCCACGUCCUCACCGAGACGCUGGGAACCUACUGCCUGGUUGGCCAGUCCAUCAGCAAGGCCACGGCCAAGCGGCUGAAGCUGGCCAUCUUCGGACCGGUCAGCACCACCGCUCUGGAGUAUCACAUCCGCGUGUACUGCCUGGACGACACGCAAGAUGCCUUGAAGGAGGUGCUGCAGAUGGAGAAGCAGAUUGGCGGGAAGCUGCUGGACGAACCAAAAACGCUGAACUUCAAGGACAGCACCCACAACCUCCGCCUCUCUGUCCACGACAUCCCUCACGGCGAGUGGAAGAGCAAGCUGCUGGCCAAGUACCAGGAGAUCCCCUUCUACCAGGUGUGGAGUGGCUGCCAGCGGACCCUGCACUGCACCUUCACCCUGGAGCGCUUCAGCAUCGCCACCAUCGAGCUGGACUGCAAGCUCUGCGUCCGGCAGGUGGAGGGCGAGGGCCAGAUCUUUCAGCUCAACACCGCCCUCUCCGAGGACUCCCAGAGCAUUGACACCUCGCUGAUGGACCCGGCCAGCAACAUCACCACGCUGGUGGGGCCCAGCGCCUUCCGCAUCCCCCUGUCCAUCCGCCAGAAGCUCUGCGGCAGCCUUGACGCGCCCCAGUCCCGUGGGAACGACUGGAGGAUGCUGGCGCACAAACUCAACUUGGACAGGUACCUCAACUACUUUGCCACCAAGUCGAGUCCGACCGGUGUGAUCCUGGACCUGUGGGAGGCGCAACACUUCCCCGACGGCAACCUCAACCAGCUGGCCGCCGUCCUGGAGGAAAUGGGUCGCCAUGAGAACAUAGUCCCCAUGGUGAUAGAGCUGUGAGAGUGACCUCGGAGCGGAAGCGAGAGCCAUACGGCGCUACUCCCACACACACACACACACACACAAGCGCGUGCACGGUGUGAAAGCGAGAGGAGAGAAGAGG